AUGACGGCUCGCGACAACUACGCAUCGGGGCGCAAGGCAGCGCGGUGCCAGGACCACGGCUUCUCCAAGCAGGACGCCGAGCUGGGCGCCGCCGACGCCCACCUGCUCAACACCACGGUGCAGAACAUCUCGUGGAGCGGCAUCGAGGUAACCGUCAAGGACAGAGAGACGAAGCAGCCCAAGGACAUCGUCCACCGAGUCGACGGCCUCGUCAAGGCAGGUGAGAUCUGCGCCCUCAUGGGCCCCUCGGGCAGCGGCAAGACGACUCUCCUCAACGUCCUCGCCGGCCGCCCGACCAACGCCGCCUCCGUCGGCGGCUCCGUCCUCGUCAACGGCGCCAAGGCCCCGCGCGCCGACUUCCGGCGCAUCAGCCGCUUCGUCGAGCAGGAGGACGCCCUCAUCGGGUCCCUGACCGUCCGCGAGACCCUGCUCUUCACCUCGCGCCUCGCCUCGUCCUCGCUUCCCGCCCGGGAGCGCGCCGCCCGCGUCGACGGCCUGCUGACCGCCUUCGGCCUCGAGGACCAGGCCGACGCCCUCAUCGGCACGCCCCUCCGCAAGGGCGUCUCGGGCGGCCAGAAGAGGCGCGUCGGCGUCGCCAGCCAGCUGAUCACCGGCCCCAGGAUCUUGUUCCUCGACGAGCCGACGAGCGGCCUCGACUCGGCCGCGAGCUUCGAGGUCAUCAGCUACCUACGCAAGGUGGCAAAACAAAACAAUCUCAUCGUCAUCGCGUCCAUCCACCAGCCCUCGACGUCGACCUUCAACCUCUUCGACAAGCUGCUCCUCCUCUCCGGCGGCAAGACGCACUACUUUGGCCCCGUCGACGGCGUGGCCCCCCACUACGAGGCCAUGGGCAUGCCGAUCCCGCUGCAGGUGAACCCGGCCGAGCACGUGCUCGAGCUGGUCAACACCGACUUCGUCCGCGAUAAGCACCGGGCCGCGGAGCGCCUCGAGGCCAUGCAGGCGGCGUGGGACGCCUCGCGCGCGGCCGGGGACCUGCGCUUGGCCCUCGCCGACGUCAAGGAGCGGCGGCGGCGGCGCAGCAACAACAACAACAACAACAACAACAACAACAAUAACGGCGCCGUCAUGGUCGGCGAGGAGACGGAGCCGAGACCCGGCACGGCGGGCCUGGUGGUGACGCUUCUGCACCGCGGCUUCGUCAAGAGCCGCCGCGACGUCGUGGCGUACGGCAUCCGCCUCGCCAUGUACGCGGGGCUCGCCCUCAUGAUGGGCACGGUGUGGGCGCGGCUGCCGGCGGAGCAGGCGUCCAUCAUCCCGCUGACCAACGCCAUCUUCUUCGGCGGCGCCUUCAUGUCCUUCAUGGCCGUCGCCUACGUCCCGGCCUUCCUCGAGGACCGCGGCCAGUACGUCAAGGAGCGCCGCAACGGCCUGUGCGGCCCCGCGGCCCUGCUCGCCGCCAACUUCCUCCUCGGCCUGCCGUACCUGUUCCUCUUCGCCCUCUCCUUCUCCGCCGUCUCGUACUGGCUGUCCAACUUCCGCCCCGCCGCCGACGCCUUCUUCGUCUGGGUCCUCUGGCUCUUCCUCGACCUGCUGGCGGCCGAGGGCCUCGUCGUCCUCUUCGCCUCGCUGUUCCCGAGCUUCGUCGUCAGCCUCGCCCUCGUCGCCUUCGCCAACGGCCUGUGGAUGAGCGUCAACGGCUUCAUGGUGCCGCCCACCAUCCUCAACGCCUUCUACCGCUACGUCUUCCACUACUGGGACUACCAGAAGUACGUCUUCGAGGGCAUGAUGCGCAACGAGUUCGCGACCAGGACCUACGCCUGCGCCGAGGGGUGCCGCUGCAUGUACCAGACGCCGCUGGCGGCCGAGUGCAGGAUCGCCGGCCAGGGCGUGCUCGACACGUACGGCUACACCGAGGACCACUUCGCGAGGAACGUCGGCAUCAUGAUCGCCAUCAUUGCCGGGUACCGCAUCGCUGCGUGGGUUGUGCUCAAGCUCAAGAAGAGCUGA